GAUUUCACGUAUCGACAGGUUGAACUUCUUCAUAUGGAAUAGAGAUAACCCGGAGGUAAAGUAUUUUGUGGAAACGCUAUAGUUGUCGUCAUCCGGUAUCAAACAAUCUUUAUGCAUGGCUGGACGGGUCAGGUAAAGGUAUAAGUAUUCACUCUGUCCUCGCAAUCGAUCGUUUUUCUUCUCCUAUUCCUUCUAUUUUAUACUCAAAACAUCUGAGAAACAUAUACACCGUAACAAUGUCUGCAAACAACGUUACCUCAAAGACCUUCACCCUCAACACCGGUGCUAAGAUUCCAGCUAUUGGUCUCGGCACAUGGCAAUCACCACCGGGUGAAGUCGAGAAGGCUGUAGAGAUUGCUCUUCGCAAAGGUUAUAGACACAUUGACACAGCUCUUGCAUACGGAAACGAAUCAGAAGUUGGUCAAGGUAUCAAAGCAUCCGGUGUUCCAAGAGAAGAGAUUUGGCUCACUACCAAACUCGACAACCCAUGGCACAAGAGAGUUCAGGAAGGUAUUGAUUCUUCCUUGAAGUCUCUUGGUACCGAUUAUGUCGACUUAUACCUCAUGCAUUGGCCAUCAUCGACCGACCCAGAUGACUUGAAGAAGCACUACCCAGAUUGGGACUUCAUCAAGACAUGGCACGAAAUGCAAAAGCUCCCUGCCACUGGCAAAGUAAAGAACAUUGGUGUAUCGAACUUUGGUAUUAAAAACUUGGAGAAGCUCCUCAGCGACCCAGGAACCACCAUUGUUCCAGCCGUUAACCAAAUCGAGCUCCACCCAAACAACCCUUCCCCAAAGCUCGUCGCAUACAACACAUCAAAGGGUAUCCACAGCACCGGCUACUCUUGUCUCGGUAGCACAAACUCGCCUCUGUACAAGGACCAAACCUUAUUGUCCCUCGCAGAAGCAAAGGGCAAGACUCCACAACAAGUACUUCUUGCCUGGGGUAUUCAAAAGGGAUGGUCUGUCAUUCCAAAAUCCGUCAACAAGGAACGUGUUGAGAAGAACUACGAGCUUGAUGGUUGGGAAUUGACUAGUGAGGAAGUUGAGAAAUUAGACAACCUGAAAGAUAGAUUCAAGGUCUGCGGAGAUGCUUGGUUACCUAUCAAGGUCUUCUUUGGCGAUGAUGAGUAAAGGAUUUAAUUGUUUAUAAUUUAGAGAUACCAUGAAGUAAUAGAAUAUAGAGCUUCUCA